AUGCUCUCCAGGCUUGAGUUCCAGCCGCAGUGGGUCAUAAACCCUCCCACGGCCACGUGGUUGAGGAUAAGAACCUGCGGAGCCCAUCCCCGGAUUAUCAUACCGCCACCAGAUUCCACCACUCUCUCCUCGAAACCCUCCGGCAACCACUGA